UGACAACAUGGACGUGGAGGAAGACGACUUGUGUCUACUGACAUCUCUGCUGGAGGAGAACGAGGCAGCCUUGCCUUGUAGUUCAGCAGAGAAUAAGACCUUGUCCCUGGAAGACGGCGACCCUGAUGAAUUUGAUGAACUUUUUGACGCUGACGGUGACGGUGAAUCUUACACCGAAGAAGCUGACAGUGGAGAAGAGGGAAGGACCGGAAACCAGGAGGAAGGCUUGGCCGCUCUCUUUGGCGAUGUGGAGGACUUAACAGAUGAUGAAGUUCCUACAUCGCAGGCUGAAAACAGCGUCUCCCCUGCUCCUGCUCCCAGGCGAGAGAAAACCAAUCAGGAGUUGCAAGAUGAAUUAAAGAAGUUGCAAGAGCAAAUGAAAUCCUUACAGGAGCAGCUAAAAGCUGCGUCAAUCAAACAGCCUCCGAGUAGAUCCCCUUUGCCGGAACCACCUGGUCCCUCUCUGCAGCCCCCGAUAAAGGAGAAGAAAAUCCGGAGAAUUCAAGAGUCAGCGUGCUUUUCUGCAGAACUUGAUGUCCCUGCUUUACCCAGAGCCAAGCGGAUGGCUCGGAUGCCAAAGACUCCUGCAGAGUCAUCUUCAAGGACAAAUACACCCUCACAACCACUACAGGUUACUUCCAGUUUUCUUGAGCCCAAAAGCUCCCCUUCAAGGUUGACAGGCGCACCCUCUCCUCAAACUGUUCCUGCAAACAAACGCUGUGGGAUGACUAGAAAUCAAAGCACGGCAGCCCCUGGGAAUUCUGGGGAACGGCCCCCACAGGUUCCUCAGGUAUCUAUGGAAGCCUUCUCAGGCCUACGCCUCAGGCGACCUCGAGUCUCCUCCACAGAAAUGAACAGGAAGAUGACAGGCCGGAAACUGAUCAGACUCUCUCAGAUCAAGGACAAGAUGGCAACUGAGAACCUGGAAGAAACGGACUGGGUGACAUUUGGGGUUAUACUGAGGAAGGUCACUCCACAGAGUGCUAACAGUGGGAAAACGUUUAGCAUCUGGAAACUGAACGACCUUCGUGACCUGACUCAGUGUGUGUCCUUGUUCUUGUUUGGAGACGUUCACAAAGAUCUCUGGAAGACAGAGCAAGGGACCGUCAUAGGUCUGCUCAAUGCAAAUCCCAUGAAGCCCAAAGAUGGCUCGUCGGAGGUGUGCUUAUCUAUUGAUCAUCCUCAAAAAGUCUUAAUUAUGGGAGAAGCUAUGGACCUGGGAACCUGUAAAGCCAAGAAGAAGAAUGGAGAGCCAUGUACACAGACAGUCAACUUGCAUGACUGUGAAUACUGCCAGUAUCACAUCCAGGCCCAGUACAAGAAGCUUAGCGCAAAGCGCUCCGAUCUGCAGUCCACUUUCUCCGGGGGACGGAUUCCCAAGAAGUUCCGCAAAAGCACCAGCCUGAAGGAGCGCCUGUGUCAAGAUGGUUUCUACUACGGUGGAGUUUCUUCUGAAUCCUUUGCAGCAUCCAUGGCAGCAGCCAUCGCUCCUAAGAAAAAGGUUCAAACCACGCUGACCAAUCUGGUUGUGAGGGGCACAAACGCAAUCAUCCAGGAAACAAAGCAAAAGCUGGGAAUUCCCCAGAAGAGCUUGUCUUGCUCUGAGGAGUUCAGGGAAUUGAUGGCCCUGCCCACAUUUGGAGCCAGAAACUUACAAAAACAUCUAGCCAGAGCCAAGUCUUCGGGGAGCCCCAAACCUGCCAUCCAGUCCAUCUCGGCAUCGGCACUCUUGAAGCAGCAGAAACAACAGAUGUUGGAAAUUCGGAAGAGGAAAUCAGAGGAAAUACAGAAACGAUUCCUCCAAAGCGCAAGUGAAGUCCAGAGCCCAGCAGUGCCAUCUUCCUCUCGACAGGCUGCUGCCCAGUCUCCUCGAACUGGGGCUGAGUUCCCCAGGUUAGAAGGAACCACAGCCCCACGGAUGCCUAAGCUGGGCAGAGGCAUCUCAGAAGGAGACGAUGUUCUCUUCUUUGAUGAAUUACCACCACCAAGACCAAAACUGGGUGCAGCAGCAGAAGCUAAAAAGUUGGCUGCUAUUGCCAAAUUAAGGGCAAAGGGCCAGAUCCUUACAAAAAGGGAUCCAAACAAUAUUGUAAGGAAGCAAAUGGACGCCCGAGGCAUGCAGGGAGUGAAGGAGCGCGUGGAGAACAGCACUACGGUGUCUCCUGAAGAUGAGCUGGAGCCUGCCAGGAAAAAAAGGAGAGAGCAGCUUGCCUACCUAGAGUCAGAGGAAUUUCAGAAAAUUCUAAAAGCAAAGUCCAAGCACACAGACAUCCUGAAGGAGGCUGAGGCUGAGCUACAGAAUUCCUAUUUUGAGCCACUGGUGAAAAAAGAACAGAUGGAAGAAAAGAUGAGAGCCACCCGAGAAGUGAAGUGCCGCGUGGUGACAUGCAGGAAGUGCUCCUACACCCACUUCAAGCCCCUGGAGACCUGCGUCAGCGAACAGCAUAACCUCCACUGGCAUGACGGUGUGAAGAGGUUUUUCAAAUGUCCUUGUGGAAACAGGACUAUCUCCCUGGACAAGCUCCCAAAUAAGCAUUGCCGUAACUGUGGCCUCUACAAGUGGGAACGGGAUGGAAUGCUAAAGGAGAAGACUGGUCCAAAGAUAGGAGGAGAAACCCUGUUGCCCCGAGGAGAAGAGCAUGCCAAGUUUCUGAACAGCCUUAAAUGAGUCUCUUCAGACAUCUCCCAACCAGCCUUACUUCUGUGGCUCUGAAAAGCAAGAGAUUGGCUCCGUGCUCCUUUUUCCUGAUUGACACCAUGAGAAGGAAGUGCUUGGUCAUCACAGUGCCUACUCACUUUCCUCUGUGUGCUGGACUGACACCAUAUUUAACAUUCAUGUGCACAUGGGGAACCAGGGCACUGUGGCCUUUCCUCGUUACAGAUGCCUGCCGUACAGCUGCCGCACAGAUGUUUGCCCCAGAUCUGAAAGCAAGAGCUUUGCUUCUGGGUCUCCUUCGAGUGUUAAUGUGGACACUGAGAGACAAAAGAGCCGAUGUGGCAUGGUUAUCUCCCCACUUCCAUACUUGGUCCUUGUGUAGAAAUGAAACCAGGGCAGCAUAUCUGUGUAAUAUCCCAACACUCGGGUUCUGGAUGAUGAAUAUCUCUGCUGUUUGUGUAGUCCGGAUGUGCUGACAUUGGAUGCCACAUUCUUUCCUUCUGUUGUACUGUGAUUUCAUCCUUUUCUUUGAAAUGAAGUCACCGAGCCAAUUUGUGACUCAGUCCCUUCAUAUAGAGAAGGAAGUUUCUCUCCUACAUUCAUGUGGGGCUCAGAAAUGCCUAAGCUCUCGUCACCUUUAGUGUGGGUUUAUUUAAAAUAAAGUUCGAUGCUCCUAAUAAAAGCAGAUAUACA